AUGAAACCCUCUCGACCCAGUGAUCAGUCCCUGCUGGACAGGCUGAAUGCCCUCAAGUCCACAGGCGUCACACUUGACAAGCCAGCAAACAUUGCAAUCCUCCCUGUAGCAGACGCCCAACCAAGCUCAAAGGAAGAUGCCUUAGCUGCACGGCUCCGCAUUCUUCGGAGUCAAUCGAGCAGCAGUAGCCGGGAUGGAGCCAGCGCAGGAGCACCGCCCCCCGGAAGCCCGCCGCCCAAAGAGGGGGGGACCAAACGGGUAUCCCCGGCACCAGAGGGGCCGAAAGACCACUCUCAAAAACGGCCCCCAAUUCGUUCUGCCGAGUUCGAGGCGGCCGACGAAGAAGCCCUGGAUGAGCUUUUAGGCGCCCUGGGAGACGAGGAGUUCGACCUUGCCGCAGAUGAGGAUGCGGUGCCGCCCCCUGACUUGGAUCCCCGGGACGAGGCAAGAAGGGUAUCUGAUCUGCUUGAAACACUGGGAAAGAAAGCCGGGGGUCCGGCAUCAAACGGGCCGAGCAACACAGAAGGUGAUGACGAUGAUGAUAACUCGGACGGGGAACAAAUGACGCGCGACGUCGAUACGCUCCUCUCACAAAUACGCGAUGAGAUAAACUCACUACCGCCACCCUCAACAGCAACACCUCAAGACGGCGACGAAGAAGCCCCCAUCACUCUUCCCACCGUCCCCUCACAGCUCGUAGACCCCGCCCCGGACCCUCACGGUGACGAGGACGCUCUGGAGCAGGACCUCGCAGCGCGCAUGGCCUCCCUCCGAGGCCUGGGACCACCCACCUCCGCCUCCGACCCACUCGGCCUCCCCUCGGCGCCGACGUUCCGGCCGCAAGACCGCACCGGCAACACGGGGGAGCAGCGGCUGGGCGGGUCGAGCAAGUACACGGAUGCCGACCAAAAGACGUGGUGA